AUGAGCGAUGACAGUAUUUCCCAUCACAAACAAUUUAAGUACUGUACAACAAGACUAAAAUAUAGACAAGGACGGGAACUUAAGGCUGUUAAGGUCUACACCGUUGCCAAUGAAUCGUUGCAUUUACUUUGUUUUGGUGUACCCAAAAUAAAUUUACACAAUGAAGUGAAGCAGAAUUUUCGCCGAUUUGGUGAGCUAUGCCAUGUGAGGAAUGUUACGGCGGAACUGCUGGAAAAGGGUGCCGAAUUGGAGGCAUUUACUGAAGUAUUUUGGAUUAAAUUCAAAAAAAUAUUUGAUGCUCGCAAAGCUAAGAAAUAUUUAGAUGCCAAAGAAUUCUAUGGUGGUAUACUGCAUAUAUCUUAUGCUCCGGAGUAUGAAACAAUGGAAGAGUUGCGGGCUAAGCUACAACACAGAAUGUCGGAAGUAAAAUAUCGUCUGCGUGUCAAUGCGAAACAACAUAAAAUGAUGAAAAAUGAGGAGGAGAGCACGGAAUAA